GAGGUUCUCUGAUUGUUUCCAUUUCAGAACGCCCGUUACACUUUGUUACUCGACCGUAAGAAAUACUUUUAUAAUUGCGAUCCGACUUUUUAUCCAGUGCGGAUAAUUUUAUUCACAAAUCGGCUUCUGGCACGUUCGAAUGAUGUUGAACAGUUUCGGCGAUGGAAACUGACCAAAAGAUUGGCCACAAGAAUAGAGAUUGUUUAGGCAGUUACCAAGCCAACAAGAAAACUUUUGAUCAGAAUAGUUCACAAGAGUUGCAGAACGCCGUUGAAAGUUAUUUAGACAGCCUUUCAAAGGAUCAGGAGGAAAUCUCUGACCCUAAAAUCAAAAAGCAGCAAAAGCAUUUGCAAGAGUUGCUCGAUUCUUAUAAAAAGCUUUGCUCAAAGCUUGAUCAGCAAGUAGAGAGAGAUGAAAAAGGUGCAAAUUUUAAACCAUUUGACGUGAAUCCAACGCAACCAGAGAUUUAUGCCCUUCUCCAUCCAGAGCUGUACAAAGAUGUGCGCGAAGAAGAAAAAAACAGGCUCAUAUCCAAGUUCUCGACAAAGCGAAUUUUCUCCGAUGCCGAACGUGUGAUCCCACCCGUGAUAACGCCUUCCUAUUCCAUAAGCGACAUCCGCCAGAAGGAGAAGGAGCGCUUUAUCCGUCUGAUAGCCAGCGCUCCAGCACGUUUUCACAAUACGAUCGAUGGGACUCCCCGCCUCAAGAGCAGGAAGUUCGUCCCCUAUACGCCCCAGUAUACGGAAAAUAUCCGUGAAAGUGAAAAAGAAAGAUUAGCUAGGAUAUUUGCAACAUCUGCUGCAUUCCUCAAACGGCCGAAUCUCCAGAAGAGGAUCAUCGGUAGAAAUCUGUUGAAAAAUUUCAAUUCGGAUGUCUGUGAUGGUUCUCAAACAAAACUAGAUGCUGUGGAUAAAAAACAGGAUAAACAAACACCCAAACUUAAUGGACAAGCUAAGGAAGUAGAGACUGACUAUAAAGAUGAAGAUGUAGGUAAUCAAGAAAACUUUAAUCCUCGAAGUGGCCAAGACUUGAAUGAGAUGGUACGAACAGGUGAAUACUCACCGUUGAACAGAAACUUCCACGCCAGGGGCCGAACGGUUCUGGGGGUCGGUGAACAUGAUGAACAGAAGCGGAUGUUGGAUGCAGAAAGGCAUUGCGAAUACGUGAAUUAUAUGGAAAAGGUUAACCAGAACAAGAUCGAUAAGGCAGUCAUGGUGAAAGAACGAGAGGCCAGUACUAGAGUCAGCUCUGCUGCGACUCAGACAGAUGAUUCGAUUGUUGAAGAUGAUCACCAGGAUGAUCAUGUACAAACAUUACAAGCGUCUCCGGAAAAAGAUCCUGUUGCUGUCUUUAGCCCAAGGCAAAAGCUCAUUUCUGACCUGUACGGUACACCAUACUUUAGUCAACCCCGACCUAGCAGCAGCCUUAGAAUAUUACAAGAACAUAGGCGUAAGCAGGUGGAGUAUGCGGAAGCUUUGAGGCAACAGAUUGAAGAGAAGAAAAAAAUUGUCGAUGAACAAAAACAACGUGAGAGGGAAGAUGAGGAGAUGAUUGAUAAAAUGGUACAAGAGCAAUCCCGACGUCAAGAACUCGAAUACGUAAAAGAACAAAAUCAAAAACUCGACUGGAUCCAGCAACGGCAAGCCCAGGAGGAAGUGCUAAGGAGGAAGCUUCUUGAGAUGAGCCUCGAGGCGAAAGAGCUCAAGAGGCAAGAAAAGCUAAGGCGUAUCCAGGGCGAGAGACGGGUAACAGUCGCCCCGCCGAAACAGACGCAGCAAAAUGCGGCACAGCGUCAGUACAGCCAUCGGCCCCUCGUAAGCAACAAGCCAACAGCUCAGGAAGAAGCUGACAAGGAUCUGAGAGAGUUUGAUGAAAGACCGGUGAUGCCUGUUAAGAAGUUGAACGCAAAGUCACUCCCGGAGAAGCUCCCGAAACCUGGCUGGGAUGAAAUCCCUGAAAAGUACACUGAAAAUUUACAAGGCGUCGACCUACUGCGUGAGUACCGCAGCCAGAAGGAGCGGAUGCAGCUACCUCCACAGGUCGACCGAGCCUCAGCACAUCCUCUUAUAGUUGAACAUAGAAACUCAUCCCAGGACAACCUUCAAGCCCAGGAGGAAGGCUAUGUGCCUUCGGUCAUCAGUGAUGAAACACGUAGGAGUAAAUCUGUCACCUCGUACCGCCGACAAGCUGAGGAACUGCUAAGUGCUCCUCUGGAGCCGAUGAUCAAACUGCCUACACCAUCAGAACGUUUUUCUUCAGAGAGGUCACCAGUUUCACCUACAUUGAUGGAAGGGAGACCUCCUUCUCCUGUUCUUCCAGCAGUAAGGAGUGAAUCAGUUUUAAAACAUAAUUCAAAAAUUCUAGAUGACAAAUGGCAGGUUCCACCAUCAAGGGGUCUGGAGCUCGAGAGGACUGUCAACCAUGAGAACAUCCUGAGUCAGCUCGGCGCCUUCAGAAGACAGCUUGCCAGGGAGCACCAACGACUCGAGAAGCGCCUUGAGCAACGCUCUUGAUACCUCGCGCCCUGGCUGUACUCUCAGAGGGAAUAUUGAUUUACAUUGAAAUAACACAUUUUAGCCAUGACAUUUAGCCUUUAGUGCCUUCAAUACUCACAUAAAAGUCGACAACGAUCAGAAACUUAUCAGGGUGUGGUUUUAUUAUUUAUUCAUUUUAGAAAAAUGUUAUUUUUUUAAGAAAAAAACUAUGAUACUUGUGCAAUCUUUUUU